AUGCGCACCUAUACGGUCCCAUACCAUCUCUGUCAUGGCAAUGACGAACUGCUGGGUAAGAUCGACAUCCGCCUCAUCGGCCUGAUCACGCACCAUUCGGCGGAGAGCUUUCCACAGCUCGGCUUUCAGUCGCUAUCUCCCGCCACCAUGUCCGACUACCCCAUCCUCGCCGUUUUGCAGACCUGGUGCGGCAAUUUUACGACCAACGUGUCCAGCUCCAUCUCCAAUCUCACAAUCCGCGACUACAUUCGGCUGGUAUGGAUAAUUGGGGGAUACCUCUUUCUCCGGCCGUAUCUUGACAAAGGAUUUCGGAAAAUGUUCGAAAGGGGAGCAGCGAAAUCCGAAAAAGAAGAAGCGGACGCUGAAGCGGAUCAAAUGAUGCCAACAUCGAACCCGAACCUUUUACGCGAUGGCAGAGACCAAGAGACUGAAGAUGAAGACGAAGGCGAUUCGUCCGCAGUUCCACAAUGGGGGAAGAGUGCCAGAAGGAAACAGAGGAAGUUCAUGGAAUACCUAGAGCAAGAGGCAGAAAGGCGCAAGGAAGAAGACGACGAUAAAGACAUCGCCGACUUGCUAGAGGAUUAG